UAAAAAAAGCUGAGUUUCAAUUGUUGCGUCUCAGACAGUGUACCAGCAGGGGGCGUUCACGGUGCCAUUUGUGCGUAUGAUGGGGAAAGUGAACUUUCCUGUUGCGUUUGAAAUGACAAGGAGACUGUGGUUCCUGUGGAGUAGAAACGGCUCCAAUCUGAGCUGCUGAUAUCUGAUCUGGGCAAAAAAGGGGGCGGGGCCACAUGGGGUGUAUUAAAAGAAGCACAGAGAGGGAGAGGGAGGGAGAGAGGGAGAGAGAGCACAGGGUGAGGAUGGAGGAGAAUGGAUUUGCUGAGAACGACACAGAGAGAAGAGGAGUCAGUGAACUGCCCCGACCCCAGAACGUCCAGAAGAUCAAACACACACAGAUUUUCAUCAACAACGAGUGGCUGACUUCCUGUUCAGGCAGGAAGUUUCCGACACUUAAUCCAGCGACAGGAGACAAGAUCUGUGAUGUGGAAGAAGCUGACGAGGAGGACGUGGACAAGGCCGUUACCGCAGCCCGGAGAGCCGUUCAGCGAGGGUCACCAUGGAGGAAGAUGGACGCGUCCAGCCGUGGCGGGUUACUCCACAGACUGGCUGACCUGAUGGAGAGAGACCGCACCCUGCUGGCGACCCUGGAGACCCUGGACACAGGAAAACCCUUCCUGCAGUCCUUCUUCAUCGACCUGGACGGCUGCAUCAAAACACUUCGGUACUACGCCGGCUGGACUGACAAGAUCCAUGGCCAGAGUCUGCCUGUGGACGACACCUUCAUGUGUUUGACUAGACAUGAACCUGUUGGGGUGUGUGGAGCCAUCAUCCCUUGGAACUUUCCUCUGCUGAUGUUUACCUGGAAAAUUGCUCCUGCGCUGAGUUGCGGAAACACGGUGGUGAUCAAACCUGCGGAGCAAACGCCACUCAGCGCCCUCCACGCCGGCUCUUUGAUCAAAGAGGCAGGAUUCCCUCCUGGUGUGGUCAACAUCCUUCCAGGGUUCGGGCCUAAAGCAGGAGCAGCCAUCGCCAGACACAUGGACGUGGACAAAGUGGCCUUCACUGGUUCAACCGAGGUCGGACAGCUGAUCAAAGAAGCAGCAGCUAAAAGUAACCUGAAGAGAGUGACCCUGGAGCUGGGCGGAAAAAACCCCUGCAUCGUGUUUGACGACUGUGACCUACAGACAGCAGUGGAGGAGAUCCAGAAAGGAUCGUUCUACAACCAGGGUCAGUGCUGCACCGCUGCUUCCAGAGUCUUCGUCCAAGAAAGUAUUUAUGAAGAAUUUGUGCAACGCAGCAAAGAAAACGCAAAGAAGAUCGUGGUCGGAGACCCUUUAGACCCCCGGACGUCACAUGGUCCACAGAUUGAUCAACAGCAGUUUGAUAAGAUCAUGGAGCUGAUAGAGAGUGGGAAGAAGGAGGGGGCGACACUGGAGUGUGGGGGGGCGGCCGUGGAGGAGAAGAACCUCUGUAUCCAACCCACCAUCUUCUCUGGAGUCAAAGACCAGAUGCGGAUCGCCAAAGAAGAGAUCUUUGGUCCGGUGCAAUGUAUAUUUAGCUUUAAAAGCCAGCAGGAGGCGAUAGAGAGAGCCAACAGCUCCCAGUAUGGCCUGGUGUCGGCGGUCUUCACCAGCAGCAUGAACCGAGCACUGUCUGUGUCCUCAGCCCUGGACACUGGAACUGUUUGGAUAAACUGCUACAACGCACUUCACGCCCAGACGCCAUUUGGAGGCUUUAAGAUGUCGGGCAACGGACGAGAACUGGGAGAGUACGCACUGGCUGAGUACACAGAAGUAAAAGCAGUGACCAUCAAACUGAGUGAAACUGUCUGAGAAGACCUAGAGCUGUGCACUUCCCUCACAGGCCACCAGGCUGCUCUGCACAAUGAUCAGACUCCAUCGUCCAUCACUGCAUCAGGAGAAUACAAAAAAAAAAAAAAAAUUAACAUAAUGGAAAGAUUUUACUGAGAGAGUUUACAAAAAAUAUUUGAAAAUAUCCAGCAGUAAGUUAAGUAUUUUUGUUUUGGGGACAGUAUUUGAAAAUCAAUUUCACCACAAGGGACAGCGGUAGGCAGCACACACUGAGCUACAUUUUCUUAAAACUCCAAAAGACAUUUUUUCCUAAUGCUAUGUUAGCUUGUACUGCUAAUUUACCAGGUUCUGCACCAGUGUCACCUAAAAAAAUUGUCUUCCUCCCCAAGAAAGUCAUAUUUACCUUUUCAGUAGUCACAUAUAUAACAAGUGUCGUUUCGGAAUAUGGUCAAAAAUAAUCUGUGUAUUUUUCUUGUAGUGUUUGUUAAUAAUCACACAUGGAAUUUCUGUCUCACUUUGUAUUUGUAUUUCAAUAGAAAUGUUUUAAAAUAAAAAAUCAUUUUUGUCCCAGUUUUA